CUUGCAAUUUAUUAUGUUUAUCGGUCUUAAUGCUUCGCCCCUCUUUCCGUCUGCCUUUAAUAGGUAUCAUAGAGAUACAUAAAGUAUUUAUAAUGUUGUUCGAUUUCCACUGAUCGUCAGAAUUUCUUCAACCGCACUCAGCAAACGAAUCUUAGUCACAGAUCGUUUGCGAAUUUCUCAGCGAUUUCUGCCUGAAAACGAAUCGUAAAUCAUUAGAAGGAAUUCUAAAACAUCUACAAAUAUUACGCUGGAGAGAAACCAAGAAAUACCUACUUGAGUAACUGAUAGGUACAUAUCUUGAGACUAUCCAUACAGUAUACCUUCACCGGCACCAUGUUGCGCUGUAAUCUAACGAACAUAAUACUAUUUGUAAUUCUACAAUUUCUAACAUUAUCAAAUUCGCAAGAACAAGAACAAGAACAACUGGAACUUCUAAAAGACGACCCGCAAUAUGAAGCCUUCAAAAAGAGACACGUUUUAACAUGGCCAAAUAAACAAGGUAUAGAAUUCAUCCACGGUUAUAAAAACGAAAAUGUACCGCCAGUCAUAAGCGUGCUUAAAACCGAGCCCAAAAUAGGCGAAUACACGGAGAAAAAUGGAAACAAUUACGAAUCUAAGGCAGCUAUUGUUUUUGAAAGUUUUUAUACCGCGAGAGUUGGAACAGAAACCCAAUACCGGUGCCUGGAAUAUAAUCAGAAAAUAGAACUUAUUUUCCAGAAUAACAAACCGAUUCAUUUUCAAACUAAACUCAACGCUGAUGAUUUCAAAAAGUCCAACUUCAAAUCUACUUGUAAAUUUUUGAAAGAUAAUCUCGUAAUUCCUACUUCUUACGAAUACAGCGCAGGUGAAGAAAUCAUUGGACAACGGGCGAGCAUCGAUUCGAGUAGUUUUAAUACUACAGACGGAGAUUUAUCAAAUUCCCAAGGACAAGAACCGGAACCACUGAAAGAUGACCCGCAAUAUAACGCCUUCGUGGACAGACACAUUUUAAAAUAUGACAAUAAACUUGCAUCAGAAUUCUUCAACGCUUACUUACGUAGUAAUAGAACAGUACCUCCCGUCAUAAGUGUGGUUGGGAACAAGAAUCAAGUGCCCAUGUUAGGCGCAUACAAUCUGAUAAAUGGCGAUCUGUACGAAUCUAAGGCAGCUAUCGCUUUUGAAAGUUUUUACACCAAGCAAGUUGGGACAGAACAGCUAUACCGGUGCUUGAGUUACAAUCAAAAAAUACAAAUUAGGUUUAAGGGUACGAAGCCGACUCAUUUUGAAACCAUCCUCAACAAGGAUGAUUUUUUGAAGUCCAACUUCCGUUCUACUUGUGGUACACUUUUAAAAGCCCUCAAUCUUAGAGUUCAUCCUUUUUAUGAAAACAAUGCAGGAGCACCAAUCAUUGGAGAACGGGCGAGCAUCGAUUCGAGUAGUUUUAAUACUACAGAUGGAGAAGAUUUAUCAAAUUCGCAAGGACAAGAACCGGAACCACUGAAAGAUGACCCGCAAUAUGACGCCUUCGUAAGGAGACACAUUUUGAAAUAUGACAAUAAAGGCGCAAUAGAAUUCUUCAACGGUUACUUACACAGCAAAAAACCAGUACCCGACAUCAUAAGUGUGGUUGGGAACAAGUAUCAAGUGCCCAUGUUAGGCGCAUACAAUCUGAUAAAAGGCGAUCUGUACGAAUCUAAGGCAGCUAUCGCUUUUGAAAGUUUUUACACCAAGCAAGUUGGGACAGAACAGCUAUACCGGUGCUUGAGUUACAAUCAAAAAAUACAAAUUAAGUUUAAGGGUACGAAGCCGACUCAUUUUGAAACCAGACUCAACAAGGAUGAUUUUCUGAAGUCCAACUUCCGUUCUACUUGUGGUAGACUUUUACACGCCGACAAUCUUAGAAUUCAUCCUUUUUAUGAAAACAAUGCAGGAGCACCAAUCAUUGAAGAACAAGCGAUCAUUGGUUCGAGCAGUUUUAAUACUACAGACGGGACAGGUUCAUUGAUCAACGGUACCAUUGCGAAAGAAAAUGAAAAUCCUUCUGAAACAAUAAUUGCUCCGAGUAACUAGGAAUGUAUAAAUACGAACACUGAAAAACUAAGUUAUUAGAUGUAGAUGGGUCGAGGUAGGUGAUGGGAUGUAUAUUAGUAGGUACUUACAGUUUGGAUUCCAAUUUUCUGUAUAGUUUAUUUAGUUUCAAAGAUAUACUUUCUAUUAUAAAUAAUACAUCAAUUAAAAAAGUUACCUAUUCGAA